AUGCCCGUACGCCGUCUCAGACUCGAUUCCGACACCGACGAAGAAGAGCAAGACCCACUCCAACAUCAACCCCACCCACAGACACAGCCACAGCCACAUUUUCCGGAGGUUCCCGUAGAAAUCUCCGACGACGACGACUUCAUCGACGUCGCCGAAACCUUCUCUCCUCCCCUUCCCUCCUGUCCAGUCACCGACUUCCUCCACCGCCUCGGACUCUCCCUCAAGACAGACUGGGUCGCCUCCUGUCUCCGCGAACUCCAAGCCUCCGUUACGUCCUUCGAACACCUCGACGUCGCCGCGAAAGCCAAACGCUGUUUCGAGCAGUGCCUAUUCGCCGACAUGAAUUCAUGCGGCGCUGGCGUUCUCCCUCCCAAUGUCGAUUCCAUGCACCUUCGCGUUCUCCCCGGUCCCUACGUUUUGCAGGUUGAUGAAAUAAUUAAUAUCACUUGUCCUCUACGAGGAAGAUAUGAACAAGCACCUCCUGGACCUAAGAGGUGCCUCAAGUUAUCAAUGACUGAUGGUGUUCAGAGAGUCUUUGGAAUGGAGUAUAGGCCUAUCAAAGCUCUUGAAGUCUGUGCCUCUUCUGGUUUAAAGGUUGCUAUCUCUAACGUACAUGUGCGUCGUGGACUUCUGAUGCUGGUCCCUGAAACCAUUGAAAUUUUGGGGGGAUUGGUUGAGGAGCUGGAUGCUGCUCGCAAACGGCUGGUUGAAGAAAUAAACAAGCCACCUAGGGGAAAAAGAACCAAAAAUGGAGAGCUUCCUCCUUUAGCAACUAGAGCAACUCUUGCUGCGUGGCCUUCAGAUGGAGUUGAUUUUCAUGCGAGCAAUGGCUCCACGUUGCACAGUAAUGUUUCUUUCCAAGAAAACAACCAAGGUGCUGGCCCGAGAAUACCUGACACUGUUAACAGCUUAACUACUGAAGAUACUUUGCCUAUGGGUGCACAAGAUGCUGGUUCUAAUUCAAUAACCCACAUGACAUCAAAUGUCGAUGCCAUGAAUGUGGAUAUGGCUAGAGAUACCAAUCCUGUUUCACGUGCUAGUCCUAUGGCUAACCAGCUCACUUCUGUUAUCUCAAAGGCUGAAGAGAUGCACUUAGAUGCUGGUAAUGUCACCAGGGAAUAUUCUGUUGACAGUCAGUCUUCUAACAUGGUUUCAAAUGUUGUAGCUGCACAUAAUGACACUAUUCAUACAACACGAGAAAGUUCUGUAGCUAUCGAUUACUCUCCUGUUGUAGAAAAUGUUGAGACACAUACGGAUAGAACUCCCGAAGCCACAGAUAGUACUCAUCUGCAAAGAACCUCAUCCACUGCUUUAAACACUAGCGAUGUCAAGAUGGUUGAUGCCAGUGACCAUUCACUUAUACUGUCUGGAGACCAAGAGGUUCCUUUCACAUACAUAGCUAGUUUGUCAGCCAAGUGGGCUAAAAUGAAGGAGGAAGCUCUUUCUGUUCAGGGUAAAAUUAAGUGUUUUUUGACUGGUGUAAAAGGGUUCCAGUAUAAGAAAAGGACAACGUAUGAACUUCAGGCAUAUGUAGAUGAUGGUAGCCUUAUUUCUGAAAUCCUCGUUGAUCAUAAUGUUGUGGAGAAAGGAAUUGGUUAUUCUCCGGAGGAGGUAACUUCGGCUCUUUCUUCAUCCGACACGAAAAUUGUCCACCAAAUGAAGGAUACAAUGCGUAAAUUUCAAGCCUUUUUAGCAAACUUUGAGGGAAUAAUUCUUGUGGAAUUAAAUAAAAAAUCUUCCCUUCCACUUGCACUAGAAAUGAGUCAAGGCUGUCCUCAAUCUGAUGCAUGGUUACUUCUGAGAAGGCUGAAGUCUCUUCACCAUCUACAAGUUCAAAACACUACGGAUCCAAUUGAAUUAUCCCCGCCUUACAUUUUCAUGAUGAAAGUAGUACCAUUCUACAGACAGAAUCUUCACCAUAAUACUCGCCUUCCAUUCCAAGACCCUGGCAUAGCUAAGAUGAACAUAGAAAUUUGGCGAUAUGGCUUUAUCAGAGAGCAUUUGUUGCUGAACCAACAUGUAUUCAGCUAG